CGAGGCAUCUUCACUGGAGAAUUACGCAGGCAAAAUUAGAAUGGAGGGCUUAACAUUGAUAGUAGUGAUGAUGUCAUGCUUUAUGUUGGGAGGGAAAGGUCAGCAGAUAAGCACGCCAUGCACCUCCUCCAUGAUCUCUACCUUCACUCCAUGUCUCAACUUCAUCACGGGAAGCAGCGGCGGCUCCGUCACUCCCACCGCUGGCUGCUGCGACUCCUUAAAGUCGUUGACCAACACUGGCAUGGACUGUGCUUGCCUCAUCCUCACCGCUAACGUCCCGCUGCCUACUGGCUUCAUCAACCGGACUCUCUCGCUUGCUCUGCCUCGUGCCU